AAGCGAUGACAAUUGGGCAGUGUGUGGAGUUGAUCAAUAUGGAGAAAUGGAAUAUAUUGUCGAGGAACCCGGCGAUAGUGUUGCCAAAAUUGACUACAGAGCGUCGACAAUGGGCCCUAAGACAACGUUGGCCCGAGUGGAGGACGUGUGGUUUGGCCCAGUACAAAUUAUCGAUGAAAUGGGGAAACUUAGAAAAGGUGACCACAUAGCUGUCGUACAGAGGAAAUUAUUCCUAGGAAAAACAGUCUUACAUCACGGAAUAUACACAGGUGAUUUGAAAGUUAUCCACGCAACCGGAAGAAGAAGUGUAGCAGUUGAUGACAUUUUGAAGUUUAUAGGGCAAAGUGUAUUUGUACGGAUUAACUACAAAAAACAAUUUCGUGAACCAGAUAUAGUGGUAAAUUUUGCACAAUCGUGUUUGCAAAAUCCUUCAAAAUUCGGAUCGUUCAAUAUUGUUAAAAACAAUUGUGAACAUUUUGCUACUCUAUGUAAAACUGGAAAACGUGUCUCAGAUCAGGUCGUUGAAUUGUUAAACAGUAAAAUUAAGAAGGUAUUAGUAAAUUUGGUUUACCAGUGCGGUGAAUCAUCCGCAUCAUCCGCAUCAUCCGCAUCAUCCAUAUCAUCAUGUGCCCUGUUGUAAAAGACAAGGCGAGUAGCUGGUUCAUGUUAACAAUUUUUUUUUCGAUUUUUUCAAUGUGCUGAGUAUGAACACUGGAAUGUGUUGUCGAAAAUUAAGUACCACCCCCAUAUCAACACCGUAAAAAGUGAGCGUCCGUAGAUUUGUUUUAAAGCAAUUCGACAGUUAACGGAAAAUAAAAUCCUCGCUCGGUAUAAAUUUCAAUAUAAAUUAACUCUUGUUGCAUCAAACUAUUGCCAUUCUUAUCAUCACACGAGGGUCCUUAUUACGCAACGUACCUUUUGCCAUACAAUAAGACACAGGACAAAAAACAUAUCGCGAAUAUUAAAACCAAUCAACGAAACUGAGACCACCGCCUUUAAACGGUAAAUGCAAAACAUAUACCAGUAUAUUUAAACCGGAUUAAGGG